ACUGACAAAUUAGCCAUGGCGAUCUCCGUCGUCUGCCUUCACAUUUUCAUCCUCCUCGCCAUCUUCUUCCUUUCCUUCCUCUGGUACUUGAAGAAUCAAUUCCCCAAGCCGCCGCGCAACCGCCCCGCCAUUCCACCCGGUUCGCAGGGCUUGCCAUUCCUGGGAGAGACUCUCAAAUUAUACUCCCAGAGCCCCAGCGUCUUCUUCGGCAGCAGGCACGAAAGGUACGGGGAGAUAUUCAAGAGCCACAUCCACGGGAGCCCCUGCGUGAUGCUGGGGAGCCCGGAGGCCGUGAAGUUCGCUCUGGUGACGGAGGCUCACCUGUUCAAGCAGAUCUACCCGCGGAGCAAAGAGCAGCUGAUCGGGCCGUGGGCGGUGUUCUUCCGCGACGGCGAGUUUCACAGCCGGGUGAGGAAGCUGGUGCAGGGCUCGGUCUCUUUGGAGGUGAUCCGGCGCAUGGUUCCGGCCGUCGAGUCCCUCGCCGUCGCCGCCUUGGAGUCGUGCUGCGGCGACUCUCCUCCUGCCGCCGUCAACACGUUCCAUGCAAUGAAAAAGUUUACAUUUGAGGUGGCCAUCAUCUUAAUCUUUGGUCAGUUGGAUUCCGUUCUCACCGAGAAGUUGAGGGAGAUUUACUUCACAAUCGACGGUGGCUACAAUUCCUUUCCGAUAAACUUUCCGGGAACUCCAUUCCGUCGAGCGUUUCUGGCAAGACGAAGGCUUGGGAAGAUACUUGGAGAGAUAAUCAGCGAAACGAGGGAGAAAAGAUUGGCGCAGAAGAAUCUGUUGAGUUCUCUGUUGAACUACUGUGAUGAAGAAGAACAAGUUCUCAGUGAUGAUCAGAUCACCGAUAACGUCGUAGGAGUUCUGUUCGCAUCUCAAGGCACCACAGCCAGUGCCCUUGCUUGGGUCAUCAAAUACAUUCAUGAUUACCCGCUGCUUCGAGAGGCCGUUGAGAGGGAACAACAGGCGAUAUAUGAGGCCAAUGAUGGAGGAAGACGACCACUUACUUGGGAUCAAACCAGAAACAUGCCCUAUACUUACAAGGUGGUGUUGGAGACCCUGAGGAUGGCAACCGUCUUAUCAUACACCUACAGGGUGGCUGUUGAAGACGUGGAAUACAAAGGGAUGUUGAUCCCAAAGGGUUGGAGAGUCAUGCCUUUGUUUCGGAUCAUUCAUCACAAUCAAGAUUUCUUUCCAGAAUCAGAGAAAUUUGACCCUUCAAGGUUUGAGGCUGCACAAAGACCCAACACUUUCCUACCAUUUGGGAGUGGAAUACACGCAUGUCCCGGAAACGAAGUUGCCAAGCUGGAGAUUCUCGUUUUGAUCCAUCAACUGGUGACCAAAUUCAGGUAUGAAGUAGUUGGUCCGGCUGACGGUGUGGAGUACAGUCCAUUCCCGGUGCCAACAGGAGGCCUCGUUGCCAAGUUUACCAAAAACUAGCUGCUGGCUGCUCAUCAGACCAGUACCUUCAGAGGCAGGCGUGGAAACCAUAUAAAUGCAUGUGUGUGCUUAAUGAAUGAAAAAAU